AGUGACGUACCCCUUACGCGUAUGCAGUUAAAAAUGCAACAUGUGGUCAGCUGGGUUGUGGGUCAUUUGAAGGUCGAAGAAGUCAAUUUUGCUAAAAAAUCUUCCGUGGGGUUUUUGAACAGUUCCAGUCCUCUUCAGCAUCAGUAAACAUAAAUUUGUGCAAAAUGGUUCGAAAAUUCUGCGUUGGUGGCAACUGGAAGAUGAACGGUGAUAAGGCCACUAUCACAGAGAUUUGCAAGAAUCUCUCUUCCGGUCUGGAUCCCAACACUGAGGUGGUUGUUGGUGUUCCAGCACCCUAUCUCCAAUUUGCCAAAUCCCUGUUACCCGCAUCAAUUGGUGUUGCUGGCCAGAAUUGCUACAAAGUGGCCAAAGGUGCUUUUACGGGUGAAAUCUCACCAGCUAUGCUGAAGGAUGUUGGAGCGGACUGGGUAAUCAUUGGCCACUCUGAGCGACGAACAAUCUUUGGGGAGAAGGAUGAUCUGAUUGCCGAGAAGGUGGCACACGCCCUGGCUGAAGGACUCAAAGUCAUUGCAUGCAUCGGGGAGACACUCGAGGAACGUGAGGCUGGACAAACGGAAACUGUGGUUUUCCGACAAACUAAAGCUCUCGCAGGAGCCAUCAAGGACUGGACAAAUGUUGUCAUUGCCUACGAACCCGUGUGGGCUAUUGGAACUGGCAAGACAGCCAGUCCAGAACAAGCUCAGGAAGUUCAUCAAGCGCUACGUAAAUGGAUUUCUGGGAAUGUGUCUGCAGAUGUAGCUGAAGCUGUACGCAUUCAGUACGGAGGCUCUGUUACAGCUGGCAACUGUCGAGAGCUCGCUGCAAAGCCCGAUAUUGAUGGCUUCUUAGUCGGUGGUGCUUCCUUGAAACCCGAAUUCAAGGAUAUUGUCAAUGCUAGACAAUAGAAAGAAGGAUACGUGCUCUAUAUUGUUGGUUAAAAAUUGAAGAAAAAAUAUCUGUGCAAAGCACAAUAAAUUGAAUAAAGAAUUUAAUGUUUCAUGUAUAUAA